ACGUAGAGGGGUCGGCGGACGUCUGAAAAGAGCAAUACUGGAAAUACACGGCUUUCGUUAGCCGCGUGGGAGUAAGGCUGGUGCGGAGAAGCUUCAUGGAGACUCCCAUCCUAUGUGAGCGAGCAUUUAUAAACUUCGUUUGGAUCCUCAGUCUUGUCUAUAAUUGCGAUUGCCCAAUUCAUCUGUCGUAUGGUUGAAGUUGUUUUCCCUUGGCCGUAUCAACCAAACCCACACCCCUGAACACCAAGACUUUCAUAUAUAAACCAACCCCAUCACCGCCAACAAUGUCCCUCUCCGUCGCCGGCAAGUACGCCGUCAUCACAGGGGCAGGCUCAGGCAUCAACCUCGCCUUCGCCCGCCUCCUCCUCCAGCGCGGCUGCUCCGUCCUGAUCGGCGACCUCGCGCUGCGCCCGGAGGCCGAACAGCUCCUAUCCGAGUACCCCCCAGCAGCAACAACAUCCAGCCCCACCCCGAGCGCCAACAACAAGCCGACGGCGCUCUUCCAGCGCACCGACGUGACCUCGUGGCCGCAGCUCUCGGCGCUGAUGGCGCGCGCCUCCUCGGCCUUCCCGCGCGUCGACAUCGUCGUGCCCGGCGCGGGCAUCUUCGAGCCCGCGGCCAGCAGCUUCUGGGACGCGCCGGGAACCCCGAGGAGCAGGGACCCGGCGGAUGCCGAGCCGGGCUCGUACGCCACGAUCGCCGUCAACCUGACGCACCCGAUCCGGCUGUCGCAGCUGGCCAUCGGGCGGUGGACGGAGCGCGGGGAGAGGGGCACGCUGGUGCACGUCAGCAGCUGCGCGGGACACAUGGUCGGGAUCGGGACGCCGCUGUACUUUGCGAGUAAGCAUGGCUUGCAUGGGUUCGUGCGGAGCCUGGGCGGGCUGAGGGAUGAGCUUGGGAUCCGCGUGUCGGCGGUGGCGCCCGGCACGGUGAGGACGCCGAUGUGGGGCGAGGAUCCGGAUAAGAAGGGCAUGGUGCGCGAGGGGGAGGGGGAUGUGGCGAUCGAGCCCGAGGAGAUUGCCGAGGCGAUGCUGGAGUUGUGCGAGAAUGAGGAGUAUGGCGAUGGGACUAUCCUCGAGGUGCUACAGGGCGCGACCCGGGUCGUGCCGCUUUAUGGGAAUGUGGUGCCUUCGGGCCGGGGGCUGAUGGUGUCUGGGUAUGAGCAGAUGCAGAAGGAUUUGUAUGAGAAGCUCAGGACUGAGGGGUUGAAGGUGUGAAAUCGAGAUUGGACAUUCGAUAUUUGAUAGCGGUGGUGACGUUGAGCUU